AUGGACGAUCUGGGCGCGCGCGUGGACGCGUUGACGUGUUUUCUCCCACCGAGGGUGAUGACGUCGCUGCAGGCGCGAUCGAUCGAGCGGCUGACGACGAUUCAGGAGCGAACGCUCCGGGCGGCGCGGGCGGCGCGGACGGAUGUCGUGUGCAGGGCGCCGACGGGGAGCGGAAAGACGCUCGCGUACGUCCUGCCGAUCGCGGACGCUUUGUGGUGUGAGAAAGAAUCGAGGGAAGGCGAGGACGGGGUGCGGGCGAUGAUCGUGACGCCGACGAGGGAGUUGGCGGCGCAGGUGGCGGCGGAGUGCGAGCGGUGCUGCGGGACGGAGUCGUGCGCGGUCGUCGUCGGUGGGGCGUCGGCCAAGGUGCAAGAGGACGCGAUUAAGGUGAAGCGAGCGAAGAUUGUGGUGGGAACGCCGGGGCGGUUGAAGGAGUUCGUCGAGCGCGGGGUGAUUGAUCUGCGGACGGUGGAGACGCAGGUGCUGGAUGAAAUUGAUCGGCUCCUGGACGGCGGGUUUGAGGGUGAAAUCGAGGCGGUGAUGCGCCCGCCGGGGGCGUGUCAGACUUUGUGUUUUUCAGCCACGAUCUCAUCGUCGUUGUCGAGGUUUUUAGAUCGCAGGCUCGUCCCGGGAUAUGCCGAGAUCGUGUCCGAAGGUUUGGGCGGAUCGAACGUCGGCGGACGCGUCGAGCAUUUUUGCUUCGCCACGAAGGCAGGAGACGAUGCGAUCGGGAUGGCGGUCGCACAGGCGUUAGAGCACUACGCGAUCGAGCGUGUUGAUGGGAAGGUUGGUGGUCAGGCGAUCGUGUUCACGGAGACCAAAUUGACGGCGGAGCGCGUGCGCGCGACGUUGACCAAUAUGUUCACGACGGAAUUCAACUCAGGGAAACGCGCUCGACGCGUGUCGACCUUACACGGUGAUCUGCCGCAGCCGGCGCGAGACGCGACUCUCGCAAGUCUGCGGUCGGGAGAGGUGGACGUUUUAGUGGCCACGGAUGUGGCCUCUCGAGGUUUAGAUUUACCCGGGGUGGAGCUUGUGGUGCACGCCGACGCGCCAAAAUCGGCGGAUACGUACUCUCACAGAGCUGGACGCGCCGGGCGCCCGGGGUGCGCAGUGCCGGGUGUUUCGCUUCUCCUUUCACGACCAGAAUCGUCUACGGAGACGGCACGUCUCGAGCGUGAGGCGAAGAUUACGUUUCGCCGUCUCGUGCAUAUCGGCGAGCGCUCUCGCGAGCGCGUCACGGGCGAUUUGAAUCUCGACCUCGUCGAACGCAUCGAUCGCGGGCCGGUUGAGGAGCGUCGUCAUGAUUCUCUCAUCUCUGACAAUUUCGCGGCGUUCGCGGCGGAUAUUCAGCUGAUCGGAGAGAAGAAGAAAUCGACGACAAAGAAAAAGCGAAAGUGA